UCUCACCUGCAAGAAAUGACUCCCAUGUGGCUCUUCCCCUUCCUGCUGUCAGCUCCCAGAUGUUUCCUGUCCCAGGUGCAGCUGCAGGAGUCGGGCCCAGGACUGGUGAAGCCCUCGCAGACCCUCUCCCUCACCUGCUCUGUGUCCGGGGACUCAGUCACCAGCAGUAACUACUGGAACUGGAUCUGCCAGCCCCUGGGAAAAGGGUUGCAGUGGAUGGGGUACUGGACAGGGAGCACAAGGUACAACCAAGCCUUCCAGGGCCGCAUCUCCAUCACUGCUGACAUGGACAGGAACCAGUUCUCUCUGUAGCUGAGCUCCGUGUCCACUGAGAACACGGCCGUGUAUUACUG